AUGAGGGCCAAGCGAUCGAAGAAGUACCGCAAGCUCAUGCACCAGUAUGAGCUCGCUUUCGGGUUCCGCGAGCCGUAUCAAGUGCUUGUUGAUUCCAGUUUUUUACAUGCUGUGCAUACGUUCAAGAUGGAGUUGAUCCCGGCGCUGGAGCGGACGCUGCAGGGGCAGGUUAAGCCUCUCCUCACAAAAUGCUCCCUAGCAGCAAUAAUGGCCGCGCAGCCCAUCAACCCCAGAACCAACAACCCCUACAGACCCUUCCACCUCCCCCCGCCCACAGAGGUCCCCCUCCGCCACUGCUCCCACAACGCGGACUCGACCCCCAUCGACGAAACAGAGUGUCUGCUCUCCCUCCUGUGUCCCUCGGCGGACGCCAAGAAGAAGAACAAAGAGCAUUACAUCCUGGCCACGUCGGACCCGCCCGCGCCGAAGAAGGACGCGGCGGCUGACGCGGGGAGGAAGCGCAAGCGCGGUGGUGUUGAUGAAGCUGCUGUUGCGUUGAGGCAUGCGCAGAAAUUCCGCUCUGCGGCGCGGUCUAUUCCUGGUGUGCCGAUCGUUUAUGUGAAGCGGUCCGUUAUGAUUCUGGAGCCGAUGAGUGCGCCGUCGGAUGGGAUUCGCGAGGGGUAUGAGAAGGGGAAGUUCCGCGUGGGACUCAAUGAUGAAGCGAUGCAGAAGAAGAGGAGUGCUGCGGGUGACGGUGCGGGUGCGGGUGAUAAGGAUAAGGAUAAGAGUAAGAGUAAGGGUGGGGUGAAGAAGCCGAAGCAGCCGAAUCCGUUGAGUGUCAAGAAGCCGAAGAAGAAGACGCCUGGUGGUGAGGCUGGGUCGAAGGAGGGUGGUUCUGGGGAGAGGGCCGCCGCGGAGCAGGAUGAAGGCGAGGGCGAGGGCGCGCCGAAGAAGAGGAGACGGCGUCAUCAUAAGAGCGCGAACCAGGAUGGUGCGGAGUCGGCUGCUGCUGGCGGGGAUGCCAUGGAGGAGUGAUCUCUUUGUCUGGUUGUGGACUUUUUCUUCUUCUUUGAAUAUUGGUUAAAAGUGACUAUGGUAUGGCGUUUUGGUUGGAAGCGAGUGCGUCUCGUUGAUAAUGUACAGUCGAUAGAUCUCAAU